AUGGGAGAGCAACACUCAAACCACCAAUCCAUACACUUUCACCAGAACAAAGACACUGAAAUCGAAAGGGUUCUGGGUAUUGUGUGGGAUCCAGAAAGGGACGUUUUCUGCUUCUCGGCAACGCCGCCAACGAAGGUUCAGGCUAUGCUCCAGAGCUUGGAACGUCCAUCAAAAAGGGUCGUUCUCAGUUGUGUGAUGGCUAUGUUCGAUCCUCUGGGCCUUCUUGGACCAUUCACGAUCAUGGGGAGAAUGCUCGUGCAGGAUUUGUGGCGAACUGGUUGUGAGUGGAAUGAUCCGAUUGACGAUGAGUCGUUCGAAAAAUUGAUCAAAUGGACCACAAUGUUAACAGAGGUCGCCAAAAUCCAAAUUCCUCGUAGUUACUUCGGUGAUGCAGAAUCAAAUCAAAUGGAAAACCUUCAAUUGCACAUCUUCACUGACGCCAGUGAAACCGCAUACGGUUGUGUGGCAUAUUUCCGUGUCGAAGUUAAUGGAGAGGUUAGAUGUGCGCUAGUAAUGAGCCGUAGCAAGGUGGCACCGCUUAAAAUGCUGACAAUUCCUAGACUCGAGUUGUAA